AUGCUCCGUACGGAGUACUCGUGCCAGAGACGGAAAGCUCCGCAGGACGAGGCCGGCGUACCGGCUGGAUGUAUCUUACGAAUGCAGUGCGUGCCCGCCUGGUCUCGUUAUCGUCAUCGUCAUCGUCGACCGGGCCUGCUGGAGUUCAGCCUACAGGGCAAGGUGGCCGUGGUGUCGGCUGGGGCUUUGGUGCACGUGAUCGACCGGUUGACGUCGCCGGCUGGCGCGUUUGGCGAGAUGGCAGCGCGGGCAGCGGCGGCGACAAGCACGGGAAGCGAGCGGCUGGACGGUCUCGUGGCUGCGGCGGGCAUCCAGCAGGAGACGGCCGCGCUCGACUACACGGCCGCCGACUUUGACUAG